AUGACACGAGUGUACCUUGUACGACCUGGUCCAGCUACUGAGCGUAUAGGACCAGUCAGACGUAGUAUUACACGUGCAGUACCCUCAACUCCUACAUCUCGGGUCCCUCAGCCAUCACGAAAAGACGUCUUGGAUGACAUCGAAGACAUUCUUAACGAUGGUCCAGAAAACAGUGGACCUCGUCGCCGAGAAAGACUCAAUCACCUGACACAAGAAGAAAAGAUGAACCGUCGCAAAUUGAAGAACAGAGUUGCAGCCCAGACAGCACGUGAUAGAAAGAAGGCACGAUCACAAAAGCUAGAAGAUGUAGUCCGAGACUUGAUGGCUGAAAAUAAGCGUCUUCGGGAAGAAAACAGUCGUCUUACAGAGGAAAAUAAGAAAUGCUCCCCUGCCGUGGGACAAGGUCAAGCUUCAACUUUCUCAAAUUCUCCUUUUAUUGACGACCUUAUACCCGAAGAAGAGCUCGCCAAAAUCAUCGAAGAUCUCAAGACCGAUUUUAUUCCGCCACUAUACUCAGAAGGAGCUCCAGUUUGCGGAACUAAUCACGAAGAAGGACACUCAUCGCCUUCCAGCAGCUCUUACCAGGCAUCCCAGGACUUUGGAUCGACCUCGGUUACGAGUGAAGAUUUCAUGAACGUAGACGACGUACCUCACAGUCCGACAUCGUCUUCAACAAGCUAUUCGACACAUAGCCCCGUUCAUUUCGACAAUACGUCAUCAUGGUCUAUGGAUGGUUGUCUAGACAACGACCCAUUACUGUCUGAUUACCCUCCCGAGCAACUUUCUUUCGGGCAGGGAUCGUUAUAUCCUAGUGAUAACUUGAGCCCAUACAGUGAAUCGUUCACAGAAGAAUUCUUCGAACUGUAUUAA